AUGGAUCCGUCCGCUGCCGACCUUCCCGUCGCCGACCCAGCUGAGGCUGCCCAGGACAUUGCUCCCCUGGUGCCUGUCGGCGUCGACGAGGCCGACAUGAUGGCCCUACCUCCGGAUCCGGCCACAGACCCGCAAGCCGACGAGACAGUCGUCCAGCCCGGGCCCGAUGCGCCCGAACAGCAGAACCUCGAUGGCACCAAGUCGCAGUCUUCCGCCGAUGGCGUGCCCCUGCCCAAGCGGCCCGGUCUCAAGCGCGACAAGUCUGCCCCCGCCCCGCAGCGCCUUCCGCCGCCCGCUCCCCCCGCGCCGCCCCUCGACCCGGGCCACCAGCCCACAGACUCCCUGUCGCUCAUGCAGCUCAAGAAGCUGGUUACCGACAUGCCCAAGGCCGAGCCCACCCCGUACGCCUUCGAAUACGAGGAUGCCGCUUCGUUCGAGGUCGAGGUUGAAGAAUGGUUCUCCUAUAGCGUCGAGGAGCAGGCCAUGCUGCUAAAGGCCCAGUCGUCCUUCGUCGAGGAGUGGGUCGCCCUCGAGGACGGUACGCUGUCAAACCUGGCCGCUUACGAACAGGGAGAGAUGGAGUGGAUCAAGGCCGACCCCGCGCUGCGAGACCAGCUUACGCGUAAAUUGGUUUCCAGCCUGGCGCAGACCGACAACAAGGAGAUGCGGGUGCGGAGCCUGGAAGCUUUGGUGUAUAUUGCCCUCGGCUGCUGGCACGAGACUUCUGGUCUCGAAAAGACACAGCCAAGCGCGUCUGCUGCCGAGGGAGAGCAGGAACCGUCUUCUCCGGCCAAUGCUGCCGGCAAGCCUUCAAGUUACGUCAAAUCAGAGGUGCAAAUAGACUGGAUUCGCAAUGGAGUUCAGAUGAUUUAUGAGUGUGACGGCAUCCAUCCCAUUUAUGAUGUAGCCCGUGCAGCCUGUCUGCGCGAAUUCGCAACCGAUGUCGUCGAGCAGGAGAUCGCUCCUCAGGAGGACAAAGAGUCCGACAGAAGAGAGCUGUGGUGCUCGCUCACCCUCAUGCACAUGUUCUACGAAAUUGCCCGGACUGAGCAGCGGCCCUCUCGUCUUCAUGAUACUCUUACUCACUUAGACCCGGAUGUCGUUGUGUUCAUGAUUGAGAUUAUCACGAGUUUACGAUGGGACGAUUCAAUUGGGCCCCCGUUACAUAAGAUUCUUCUCUUAACUUGGAAAGCCAUGCUAGUGAACUUUGGUGGCCUCAAAGAAGUUGAGGAGCUCAAGUCCACUUUCCGCGAUCCAAAGGAAGAGACCGCAGACAAUCGCGGUCAACCUGUAAUUACAGCAUCUCCUCUUGACUAUCACGUUUUCCGCCAAGAAAUCAGUUCCAAGUACCCGGCAUACAACCCGCCGCAACCGCUCUUCCCGCUAGAGCCCGAGAACAAUUCCAUCUUGCCGCCCCUGAAGAAAAACCCCAGCACCAUCCCGGAAGCUAAUUCCUUCGGUCCUGGCAUCUCCAGUGUGGGUAGUGGAACUUCGAUCCUGCACCAACCCGUUCACAUUGCGACUCCAGCGCCCUCACCGCCUCCAUCGCCCGCCGGUCCUGGAGGCAAGGGCGGUAAGAAACAGAAUUACCAGACCAACCAGCUUUUUCCAUUCCUGUAUCCACCUUUGGACGAAUCUAGCAACAACCUCGGUGGUAAGGGCUCGACUGAUCUGCAAGACCUUCUCGUUGGUCGCAAAUGGGAGGGAAGCGACAUUCCUGCCUCUAUCAUCGAAGCUGCAGAGCUGUUUGCCAAGCGAAUGCGAGCCACAAGGCCAAUGAAACAACUCUGGGAGGAGCGUGUGCUCUUCAUGAAGUAUGAACGAGGAUGGACUGGCUCCGACGACACCGAUAUCGAUGCAUUUGACCUCAACGGUAAGCUUGAAGGUCUCAUGCUCAAAAAGGAUAAGAUCGAGGAUCGUGUUGCUGCCAAACUUGAUCAGAUUGAGAAGUUUUAUGCAACCGUUCUUCCGCACUUGCAAUCAUUAGUCAUUGUCCUCCUCAGGACCUUCCUCUCUCAUCUGGCGACGCUUGCUUUGCAGAACAGCAGCCCCAACGCCAUGUCCGGUGGAGGCUUCCAGGAUAACCAAGGCAGCAACCCAGCAAACAAAUCAGAUGGUGGCCUCAACGGGACAUUGCCCGACAUUUCAAACAUCCCUCUUGAGGACCUGGACAGAAUGAGAAUGGAGGAGAUUCAGGACAAAGCUGCAUCGGGAAUCCUCAUCCUACUCCUGAAAUGGUUCAAGCUGUCUCACGUGUUGAAGAUGGAGUACCUGACGCAAUUAUUGGUCGAUUCCAACUACAUCCCCCUGACUCUCAAGCUGCUCCAGCUGCAGGAGAUCGAGAAGGUCAUCAACUACAGAUGUGACAGGGAAGACUUGAGUUUCUUCACCUUCUGCUACACACACUCCCGCGAAGGCGCCAAGGACCCGGGCCUCACCACCGACGCACCGCCCGCAGAAGCGGACGACUCGCCCGACGAAGCCGCGCCUCCUCCCUCCAUCAAGCGGCGCCGCUCCGACGACCUCCUCGCCGACGAACACCAAGACCUCGCCGACGAUUCCGCCGCCGCCGGCAACGACGGCCCGUCCUCAUCAUCCCCCAACAACCCCAACAACCCAUCCAACGCCACCCCGGGCCUCCCCGAAGUCGACGAGCUCGGCAUGCCGCUCAACCAACUCCCCCUCGAGCCCAUCACCACCUUCUCCUGGCGCAACUUCUUCUCCAACAUCAACCUCCUGCGCAUCAUGCAAAAGGUCUGCAAAGAAAAAGCCCACCGCAACCUCAUGCUCGUGCAGUACAAAUCCUCGCAAUACCUCCGCAAAUCGCUCAAGAUCCCGCAGCCCCAGCUGCGGCUCUACACGCUCAAGCUCUUCAAGAACCAGGUGCCCUACUGCGGCCGCAAGUGGCGCCAGAGCAACAUGCGCGUCAUCACCGCCGUCUACCUCCACUGCCGCCCCGAGCUGCGCGACGACUGGCUCGCCGGCUCCGACGUCGACGCCGACGUCGACGAGAGCGUCCCCCUCGAGCAGGCCUUGCGCGCCCUCACGCAUUGGUUCAACCUCAAGCGUUGGCCCGAGCGCCUCGGUGCCGAGCGGGGCGUGCUCGAUCGCGAGCAAGACUUUUUUAGGAGGGAGCUGGAGAAGAUGGGGUGGUCGGUCGGUGGUGGUGGCGGCCCGUUGGAUGACGGUGGGCAGAUGCAGCAGCAGCACCAGCAGCAGCAGCAGCAUGGCGGGAUGGGGAUGGGGAUGGGCAUGGGUAUGGGGCAGGGCGCUUGGAUGGGUGAGCCGCAGUCGGCGGUUGCGCCCGGCCAGGGGCAGGAUGUCGAUGUGCAGUGGGAGGGGGCGGGGGAUGGGGGCGGCGGCGGGGGCGGUGGUGGUGCCGGCCAGUGGCAGGGGUAUUGA